UAGCAAAACAGAACAAAUGGCUUGUGUUCUGCGGCAUGUAAUUAUGACCGUAACCGCCGUCUACAUAGGUGGAGGCGGAGAGCCGAGCAAGCAGAAGCUCAACUGCGUGAAGGUGAACGGGAGCAAGAGCUUCACGGCCGCGAAGAUGGGCGUUUUAAGGCAGGACCACGCGAUGCCUAUGCCUUGUACCGGUGGAGUGGAUGAAGACGUGUUGGAGGAGCAUCUCCGGCAGAAUAUUCCGAGGAGGAAGCAGAUGGUGGAUCCGUAUCGGCACGGGGAGAUGGUGGAGGAGGGAGUUGGGUACAGGCAGACUGUGGUGAUUCGGUCUUAUGAAGUUGGGGCAGAUAAGACUGCCACCAUUGAGAGCCUUUUGAACUUGCUUCAGGAAACGGCGCUGAAUCAUGUGUGGAUGUCAGGACUGUUGAGCGAUGGAUUUGGAGCUACUCAUGGAAUGAUGAGGAAUAACCUCAUUUGGGUUGUUUCAAGAAUGCAAGUUCAAGUUGAUCAUUUCCCAAUCUGGGGAGAGGUGAUGGAGAUCGACACAUGGGUUGGAGCAUCGGGCAAGAACGGGAUGAGGAGAGAUUGGCUUCUGAGAAGCCAAGUCACCGGGAUUGUAUUCAUCCGUGCAACGAGUACGUGGGUGAUGAUGAACAAGGAGACUAGGCGUCUGUCGAAGAUGCCGGAUGAGGUGAGGGACGAGAUUGCGCCAUGGUUCAUCGAGAAGUACGCCAUAGAGGAAGAGAGCCCGGAAAAGAUCGAGAAACUUGACAACAAAGCGCGCUAUGUGCACUCGAACUUGAAGCCAAAGAGAAGUGAUCUGGACAUGAACCAGCAUGUUAACAACGUCAAGUACCUCCGAUGGAUGCUCGAGACAAUCCCAGAUGAGUUCUUGGAGAAGCAUCAGCUGUCAGAGAUGGUCCUAGAAUACAGAAAAGAAUGUGGGAGUUCGGAUGUGGUUCAGUCUCUGUGUGAGCCUCAAUUCAACGAAAACAUCGGUGUCAAUGGGCACUCAGUGUCAUCACAAUUCCUUCAAGGUAAUGGAUUGUUAGGAGCCAUAAACCAGAGGCCACUCAGUUACACUCAUCUGCUCCAGACAAAGGGGGAGAGCAAAAAUGAAGAAAUCGUGAGGGCAAGAACAACAUGGAGGGAGAAGAAACACAGUGCUAAACCGUUCCCUUCAUGA